GAACUAUAUAUAAGCGUCGUCCAACUCCGGGAUGAUGGAGGUUCCGAAGAUUUUAGCUAGACGACUCCAUCGUUUUGUCCAGCUCGAUGUUCAGGAUUUAACUCUUAAGAUAUUCUAUAAUCGUUGGGAUUAAAGAUUCAAGCUUUCCUCCUGGUGAUCCCGUUCACCAGCAAAAAGAUAAGUCUAGCUCUGGAUAGCUACUUGGAUUCCAGCCACCAGUCGGUGGUGCCCCCUGUGGCUCCGACUCGGGUGGCUGGAGGACCAGCGCAGUCAUCCUCAAGCUCUGGCAUCUUUUUCCAAGGAGAUGGGCAGUCCCAGGUCCCAGUGCACUCCCACUUAAGUUCUUCUUUUGGGAACUCAUCAAAUUCUAUUCCAGGAGCAGGGCGUUCAAAUUUAUGUCCGGCAUCUGGAGACAUGAAUAGGGUGAUAUUGAACAGCACAGCAAACUCAGGGCCGAGUGUUGGGGCAAGUUCAUUGGUCACAGACGCUAACUCAGCACUUUCUGGAGGUCCUCAUUUACAGAGAAGUGCUAGCAUCAAUACAGAAUCUUACAUGCGGUUACCUGCAUCACCCAUGUCGUUCUCAUCCAAUAACAUAAGCAUUUCAGGUUCUUCAGUGAUUGAUGGAUCCUCUAUGGUGCAGCAGAGUUCUCAUCAAGACCAUAGCUCCCAACAAGUACAACAAGGACAGCAGCAGCAGCAGGGGACCUCCAGUGCUUCAUCACAGCCAACAUCACAAACAGGCCAAGCUUCUGUUCCUACUGGUACUCACAUCCCAAACUCCCUAACUCAGGAGCCAAAUGGUUUAACCCAGAUGCAAAAAAAGCCCCGACUAGACAUCCGGCAGGAAGACAUUUUGCAGCAGCAGCUUAUCCAGCAGCUACUGCAGAGACAGGACUCAAUGCAAUUUCAAGGGCAUAACCCACAGUUACAGGCAUUGAUUCAGCAGCAGAGACUACGCCAGCAGCAGCAACAACAGAUUUUGCAGUCUAUGCCACAAAUGCAGCGAGUCCAUUUGCAGCAGCAGCAGCAGCAGCAACAGCUAAGGCACCACCUACAGCAACAAGCAAUGCAGCCACUUUCUGCCAUAAAGCGCCCCUAUGAAAAUGGUGUAUGUGCUCGUCGGCUAAUGCAGUACAUGUAUCAUCAUCGUCAUCGCCCACCUGAUAAUAGCAUAGUCUAUUGGAGGAAAUUUGUGGCAGAGUAUUUUUCUCCACGUGCUAAGAAAAGGUGGUGCCUGUCUUUAUAUGAUAAUGUUGGACAUCAUGCCCUUGGUGUUUUUCCUCAGGCAGCUAUGGAUGCAUGGCAUUGUGACAUUUGCAAUUCUAAAUCAGGAAGAGGAUUUGAGGCAACUUAUGAAGUACUCCCAAGGCUUAAUAAAAUAAAGUUCGACAGUGGCGUUAUCGAGGAACUUUUGUUUGUAGACCUGCCACGUGAAUGUAGGUUCCCUUCAGGAAUAAUGAUUUUGGAAUAUGGAAAAGCAGUUCAAGAGAGUGUUUAUGAGCAAUUGCGUGUUGUUCGUGAGGGACAACUUCGUAUCAUGUUCACUCCUGAUUUGAAGAUAUUGUCUUGGGAGUUCUGUGCACGACGCCAUGAAGAACUUUUGCCUCGUAGACUGGUGGCACCACAGGUUAACCAGUUGGUGCAGGUUGCACAGAAAUACCAAACCUCUGUUUCUGAUAAUGGAGCUGCUGGGGUUUCACCACAGGAUCUACAAGCAAAUUGCAACAUGUUUGUGACAGCUGGGCGUCAGCUGGCAAGAAAUUUGGACUUGCAAGCACUGAAUGACCUGGGAUUUUCUAAAAGAUAUGUUAGAUGCCUGCAGAUUGCUGAAGUUGUAAAUAGCAUGAAAGACUUGAUAGAUUUCAGUCGGGAGCACAAUGUCGGACCUAUUGAAAGCUUGAAAAAUUAUCCUCGACAGCCAUCUGCAGCCAAGCUCCAGAUGCAGAAGAUGCAGGAAAUGGAGCAGCUAGCAAGUGCUCAGGGUCUUCCAACCGAUCGGAAUACCCUUAAUAAGCUAGUGGCAAUUCAGUCUGGCCUAAGCAACCAGAUGAGCAGUAACCACCACAUGGUUGGAAGUGGAGUUUUGAGUGGCACUGCACAGGCUGCAGUUGCACUGAGCAAUUACCAGAAUUUGCUGAGGCAGAAUUCUAUGAACAACUCUAAUGUGCUCCAACAGGAGGCUUCGUGUUCCUUCAACAGUUCUAGCCAGUCACUGCCUUCUCAAUUUCAAGGUUCUGGGUCUCUUAUUCCAGGAUCCAUGCCAAAUGGACCAGUUAAUGGCUUGUCAGGCCCCCAGCAGCAGCAAUCACACUCGCUGAAUGUUAGUAAUCAACUCCAACAGAACCACCCACAGUCCUCUCAAGGUAACCAAAAUAUACAGCAUCACAUGAUUCAACAAUUACUGCAGGAGAUGAUGAGUAAUAGCGGGGGAGGCAUGCAACAACAGCAACAGUGCAAUAGCGGGCAGAGUGGAAAUAGGAGCAUCGGAGAGGAUAUCUUCAAUGGGGUUAAUGGAACCAUAGGUGGUGGGCCAGUGAAAGCCGGGUCUACAGGUAUGGUUGGAAGUGGAUUAGGGUUUGGAAAUAAUGCUGUGGCCACUACAACCAAUGUGGCUAGUUGCUUUAUGGGGCCGGCACCAAGCAGGAGCAACAGUUUCAAAGGUCCUUCUAACAGCAAUUCUUCAGGGGUUGGUGGCAACAACAGCCUCAAUGGAAGAGUAACAGAUUUGCCACAGAAUCUUCAUUUGCCUGAGAUGGUCCAGGAUAUAUCUCAUGACUUCACAGAAAAUGGAAUGUUCAACAAUGAUCCUGGGGACCUGAGUUAUGACUGGAAGGCGUGACUCAUUUGUGACCAAGUUUGUGCUAUUUAUUUGGCUGUUGUUGUGACCAACUUUGGGAAAGUGGCGUGGCCCUGGCAUGUAGUUUGUACAGUAGUUUUUUUCAACAGGUUUUAACAGUCUUUGGGUUUGUCCUUCCUGUGAAAUACUCUUCACACUCGUGGUUUUCACUUUUCAGUCAUUAAGCUUUUCCGAGUUGGCAGUUUUGCAAUUUGCCACUUCUAAUUUUACGAGUGUAAUCUAAACUGUCAUGGUCUUGACAAUUCUAGUUAUAUAUAGAUGUGAUACAAGUUCCAUUUCCAACUUUUAGUUUGUACCUGGAGUCACAAAUGUCCAUUCUUAGUUUGUGCA